GGCUAUCGGACAGAAGCUAACGACUCAAAUGAUGGUAUUUAGUUAGCUGUUUUCUCGUAGGAAUGGCCAGCAGCGGUACACGAAGAAAUGGAGCCCAAAAGAUUAGACUUACAGUAUUGUGUGCAAAGAAUCUUGCAAAGAAGGAUUUUUUCCGUCUGCCUGAUCCUUUCGCAAAGAUCAGCGUGGAUGGAUCAGGACAAUGUCACUCCACGGAUAUGUGUAAAAACACAUUAGAUCCAAAAUGGAAUCAGCACUAUGACCUAUAUAUUGGUCACAAAGACUCCAUUACUAUUAGUGUAUGGAAUCAUAAGAAAAUCCACAAAAAGCAGGGAGCUGGCUUCCUGGGGUGCGUACGCAUCAUGUCCAAUGCAAUACAGAGGCUCAAAGAUACAGGCUUCCAACGGUUAGACCUUCAGAGGAAUGCUGGGGACACGGACAACGAUGCGGUCCGGGGACAGAUUGUGAUAAGUCUGAUCUCGCGGGACAGGGGCGGCUCUGGACCUAUGGUGGCUGAUGCUACAGGAAUCCCCUCAUCUAUUCCCUAUGAUCCCAACGAGUUACCUGAGGGAUGGGAGGAGAGAAGGACCGCCAAUGGCCGAGUCCACUAUGUGAACCAUAUCACGAGAACAACCCAGUGGGAGCGGCCCACAAGUUUACCAGUAGGACCCAUUUUAAUUCUGCCGGCUUCAGAAUGUAUACGACAGAGCCACUCUACCUCUCGGCCCACCAGCAGUAUAGAGCCCUCUCCCGGAGAGGGGGGUAGUAAUAGUAACUCUGACAACUGCAGUAGUGGGCAGUUUGUCCGGCGACGGUCAACACGGCAUCGGAACUUCCUCAACAGAUCUCAGCUUAUCAAUGCAGUGGAACUACCAGAGGGAUAUGAACAAAGAACAACUCAGCAAGGCCAGGUGUAUUUUCUGCACACACGUACAGGGGUUAGCACAUGGCAUGACCCACGGGUACCCAGAGAUUUAAACAAUGAAGACAUCCGAGAGGAAGACUUAGGCACGAUGCCGCCAGGCUGGGAGACAAGGCACACAGGAACAGGCAGGGUGUAUUUCGUAGACCAUAAUAACAGAACAACUCAGUUUACGGACCCUCGACUUUCCGCUAACAUCCAAGUCAUACAACAAAGAAUACAACACCACCACCACCAUAGGGAUAACAAAGAAAAUAGCUCACCGGCUCCUAAAUAUAAGCGGGACUUGGUACAGAAAAUGAAAAUUUUACGACAGGAACUUCAGUCCCUGCAGCCCCAGGCUGGGCACUGCAGGGUGGAGGUCUCCAGAGAGGAAAUAUUUGAGGAAUCUUAUAGACAAAUCAUGAAAAUGAGGCCCAAAGAUUUACGAAAAAGAUUAAUGGUAAAGUUUCGAGCAGAAGAGGGACUGGAUUAUGGAGGUGUGGCUAGAGAAUGGCUAUACCUCCUUUCCCACGAGAUGCUCAACCCUUACUAUGGCUUAUUCCAAUAUUCAAGGGACGAUAUCUACACAUUACAAAUCAACCCAGAUUCAGGGGUCAAUCCAGAACAUCUUUCGUACUUCCAUUUUGUGGGGCGAAUCAUUGGCAUGGCUAUUUUCCAUGGGCACUACAUAGAUGGGGGUUUUACAAUGCCCUUCUACAAACAGUUGCUUGGAAAAUCUGUGACCUUGGAGGACCUGGAAAUGGUUGACCCUGACCUUCAUCGAAGUUUAGUUUGGAUGCUUGAAAAUGACAUAGAGGCUGUGCUGGAUCACACGUUCUCUGUGGAGCAUCAUUCCUUCGGGCAGGUCCAGGAGUAUGAGCUCAAACCAGGGGGCAAAAACAUAGAGGUGACCGAAGAUAACAAGAAAGAGUAUGUCAAAUUAUAUGUGCAAUGGAGGUUUUUGUUGGGUAUAGAGGCUCAGUUCCUGGCCUUACAGAAAGGAUUCAAUGAGAUUAUACCACAACACCUGCUCAAGCCUUUUGACGAGAGAGAACUCGAGUUGAUGAUUGGAGGAUUAGGGAAGAUCGACUUGGAGGACUGGAAGGAGCACACAAGGUUAAAACACUGUACACCCGACAGUAACAUUGUCAAGUGGUUCUGGAGGAUGGUGGAUAUGUACACAGAUGAGAUGAGAGCCAGGCUACUACAGUUUGUCACGGGCAGCUCACGUGUCCCAUUACAGGGUUUUAAAGCAUUACAAGGUUCAACAGGUGCUGCCGGGCCGCGGCUCUUCACAAUCCACCAGAUAGACACCAGCACAGACCAACUACCAAAGGCCCAUACUUGUUUCAAUCGUAUUGACAUACCACCAUAUGAAAGCUAUGAGAAGAUGUAUCAGAAGUUAACCUGUGCUGUGGAGGAGACGUGUGGAUUUGCAGUAGAGUAAUGCAAGAACGGUUCUGAUUCUUGAUUGCAACUGAAAUGAACACUACAACUUCAUACCAGAUGAGAUACCAGCCUUUUGACAAUAAGGGUUGUCUCCCCUGUUCCAGUCAUUGGUUUAGUUGUCUCCCCUGAUGAGAAAUGGUGAGCACCAGGUAUGAUGGAGCUGUUGGUGAGUGCCGGUGCCCUGAGAAUGGCAAUAGAAUGGCUUCAACCCUGAUGGAAUUCAGAGACAGCAGGCUAUGAUCAGUGUGAAUGAUUUUGGACAUGUUUCUUUCAUUGGCACAAAACAGAGUGCUUGUGAAAGAGAAAGUUAAAACCCGCAAAUUUGGAGCGCCCAGAGCACGGACUUGUUCAAUGUUUGUCAAAACUUUGGUCAGUAGUCCCAGAAU